CAAUACCAAAUAAUGAGUCAAGGUGGGAAAAAUAUGACAAAACUGGAAGCCGUGGAAUACAUAAAAAAAGUGCAAAAGAAAUUUAAAGACAAGAAGGAAACGUUCGAGGAGUUUUUGAAUGUCAUGACCGAUUAUAGACAACAUAGAAUGGAUGUUGGCACUGUAGUAGAAAAAGUGGAGGAGAUUCUUAAAGACCACGAUGAUCUCAUUUCGGGAUUCAACAAGUUUUUGCCAAAGGGAUAUGAAAUCCUUCUUCCACCUAAGGACACAGUUCAGUUGAAAGAUGCUAUCAAAUAUGUGCAGAAGAUUAAGGAUCGAUUUCAAAACACAGAUAGAAUCUACAAGAGAUUUGUAAGGAUAUUAACCAAUAGGGACAAAAAUGACAUGUCUGCUAGUGAAAUAUUCCAUAAGGUUGAAAAACUUUUUGAGGGUCACCAUGAUCUUGUUCGUGAUUUCACUCUGUUUUUGCCAGAUGCGUAA